CCCGCCGCCCGCCGCCCGCCGCCCCCUGCCCGGCCCGAGCCCCGCGGGAGCCCCGCCCCGCCCCGCCAGCGUGGCUGACAGCGUCCGCGUCCAGUCGCCAAGCCAGGCCCAGAGCGCGGACCAAUCGGCGCCAGGGAUCCGCCCCGCCGCCACGUGCUCCAAUCGACGCAAGGUCGCCUCCCCCGCCCCCCUGCGGCCGGCCACCAAUGGUCAGCGAGGACCCGCCCAAGCACGCCCCACCCGCUAGGGGCGACUGAGACUUCGGAUUGGCCAGUCAGUCGGCGACGUGGGCUCCGCUUCUCUUCUGAUUGGCGCAUCCGGCGCGGAGCGCCCUGCGCUCAUUGGAGGAGGAGGCAGGGGUGGGGCGGUGCGAAGGAGCGUGAGGAGCGCGGGAGAGGUGAGGACGCGGGUGGCCACUGCGGUCCCGAGCGGCCGGAGUCCGGGGUGGCCUUGGGCGUAGAGACCGCUGGGAAGCGGGCAGGGCCCGGCUGGGCGCCCGCGCGGCCCUGCUGCUGGGAUUCGCGGCGGGGGCCGGCCGGCGCCUCCCCAGUGCCCGGAUCGGCGGUGCGCAGCCGCGGACGGGCAGGCGGGACCGCGGAGCCAGGGCCCCCGCUAGCCCCGGGGGUGGGAGGGGGCCGGGCGGAUGCCGGGCAGGGCUGAGACGGAGGGCCUCGGUCCCCGGGCGGUGAGCCCGCGCAGCUGCAGAGCCUGCUCAGGCUGUGCGUCCGCGCCGGGGCCGCGGGGUGGGGCGCGGAGGGUGGGGUCGGGCUCAGAGCGUGCCAGGUGGGAAGCGCAGGUGUGCGUGGAUGGCAGGAUGCGGCUGCAGCGUCCCCUGGUCUGUCAGGACGGCCCAGGCGGGGGCCUGCUGGACACGCAGGCCAGGGGGACUGGGGAAUGAGUGCUCAAAGCCGCAGGGGCUGAAAAGAGGAGAGUUCCCCGGAGGAGCAAGAGGGUCCUGCGAAGGGAGCGGGGCCAGAAGUCCAGGCUGGCCGGCUCUGGAGAAACCACAGUGCUGGCCUAGGCAGGGGAGGACCUGUGUGGCCGCCCACGGGGUCCGGUGAAAGCUCCCUACAGCAGCCCUGGGAUGAAGGCGUGCUCAUUGGCACCCUUUCUGGGAGGGGAGCAGGAAAAGAAAGGAAACGUCUUGAGAGGGAGCUGGACACCCUCAGGCGGGUCAGCCUCUGGAUGACCGAGUUCUGCGGUCCAAACCGUUCCCUUUGGAGUUGUUAACAGAUGGGCAGUGCAAACGCGGGGUCAGGGGCUUAGAGCCCAGGCCUGGACCUGCAUCCCGGGCCACCCACUUGCUGGCUGUGUGACCUGAAGCUUGUUGCUUAACCAUUCUGUGCUUCUGUUUUCUUGCCAGCAAUACAAGGGUUGUAAUACUUCUGGUGUGACGUUCAUACCUGUCACACACUUGGACUGUUUGGUAAAUGUCAGCCCUCAACCUUUGAUGAUUUUAGAGCAACAGCCUGGAGCUGUGUGUAUUGAUCCUUUGCCUGAAAUCAGAGAAGGAAUAACAGUUUCCGUUUGUGGGGAUUUGGCUAGCUGCCUCCCCCAGGGUUCCUCCCACCUCACCCAACCCCGUCUGGUACUGGGUCGAGUGGGAGCGGUGCUUAGUGCAUCAGUUCAGAAAGAUCUUCCCUCCUCCCAUUGAGUCUUCAGUGUGAAUCAAUUAAAGCCGCCAGGAACCUGACUGUUGUCCCCAGAGUGGGGGUGGGCCCAUCCCAGCCUCUUUGGCGGCACAGAAGUCCUCGGGCCACCUGAGAACCCCAGAGACACAGGAGAGUGAUUACACCUGGGGAGGAGUCUCGUGUUUGGCCCAGGGGUUCACAUGCCUUCAUGCUCGCUCAGCAGCAGCACCUGCUGUUAAUUGUUCCCUGAGACCUGCACGCAAUGCUCCCGGGGGCUGCCCAGGCCCGCCCGUGCCCAUGCUGGGUGCUGCGGGGCACACACUUGUCCCUGGCGGCUUCACCUGGGCCCCUCCUGGGGCUCUCGGUGGGGCUCCCGGGCCUGUGUCAGGUAGCAGCAGGUGCUCUACUUGGGCUCGAGGCCCCAUGGUUGGUCACCGCUGACUCUCCUGUGUGUGUCCAGUUGCUCUCAGGAUUGGGUUUUACAUCCAGGCACUUCCCGGCCGAGUCCCCGCACAGGCUUCCCUCUCACGGUCAUUCAGAAUCCAGACCUCCUGGUCCCAGAACUGCCUCUAAGGGCCUGGGGCCACCCCAAGACAGCCGAUGGGUGCUGGGUAGCCAGGCCCUCGCUCCUGACCAGACUGGAUGAGGGGCGGGUGGCCUGUCUCUCGAAGCUUCAGGGACAACCCCAUACCGUGAGGGUCAGCGGUGUCCAUGCGGAAGGCCAAGUCCACGCUGUGCUGCCCCCCUCGGUGUCAGGAGCCCCGGGGCAUGGGCCUUCCUGCUGCUGCUGCUGGCUGCUGGGCCAGCCUCAGCCGAGUGGCCACAGCCUGGCAUGGCCGCCCCGCUGCCACCCCGCCCACCAUGCUGCUCUGGGCCAGGGGCCAGGGCAAGCUGCAGGCCAGGUGGGCAAGGUGUCCGUUGUCCUUUGUUGGAGUGGCUCAGUGGUCACGGUGGUUCCGACCUCCUGGGUGCCCACGGGAUCCACCACUCACCUUCCCGCUCUCUCCAGAUCCCCACAGAGACGUGCUCAGGGGAGCAUACGCCAGGGAGUGCAGCGUGGGCCCGGCACCCGUGCCCCAGAGAGGCCGCUCAAGGGGGCGGCCGGCACAUCGUGUCGCAGGGCAGUCGUCCGUCUCUGGUUGUCCCUGCUGAAGACAUGGAUUUGGAUCAGCUGGACCUGAAUCCCAGAAUCGUCGCUGCAGUUAAGAAAGCCAAACUGAGGUCAGUGAAGGAGGUCCUGCAUCUUUCUGGACCAGAUCUGCAGAGACGGACCCGCCUCUCCAGCCCCGACGUGCAGCUCCUGCUGAGGGCGGCUGCCUCACUCCUACGGGGACAUGGAGUGUGCACAGCGCUGCACCUGCUCCGGCAGGAGGGGCCGUUCCCUGAGCAGCACCAGCGCCUGAGCCUGGGCUGCCCUGUGCUGGAUGCGCUGCUCCGUGGCGGGCUGCCCCUGGACGGCAUCACAGAGCUGGCUGGACGCAGCUCGGCGGGGAAGACCCAGCUGGCGCUGCAGCUCUGCCUGGCCGUGCAGCUGCCGCGGCACCACGGAGGCCUUGGGGCUGGGGCUGUGUACGUGUGCACAGAGGACGCCUUCCCCAGCCGCCGUCUGCAGCAGCUCAUCGCCCAGCAGCAGCGCCUGCGGGCAGACGUCCCGGGGGACGUGAUCUCCAAGAUCAAGUUCGGCCACCAGAUCUUCAUCGAGCACGCAGCCGACGUGGACACCCUGCUGCAAUGCGUGAGCGAGAAGGUGCCGGUGCUGCUGGCACGCGGCAUGGCCCGCCUGGUGGUCAUCGACUCCGUGGCAGCCCCCUUCCGCUGCGAGUUCGACGGGGCGGCCCUGGCCCUCAGGGCCCAGCGUCUGCUGGCGCUGGGGGCUGAGCUGCGACGGCUGAGUUGCGCCUUCCGGAGCCCCGUGCUGUGCAUCAACCAGGUGACAGAGGCCGUGGAGGAGCAGGACUCGGUGGCCGGGCCGCCAGGGAUGUCCCCAGCCCUGGGGAUAACCUGGGCCAACCAGCUGCUUGUGAGGCUGCUGGCCGAACGGCAGCGCCCUGAGGAGGCGCCUCUCGCCCCGCCUGGCCGCACCCUCAGGGUAGUCUCCGCCCCCCACCUGCCGGCCUCAUCCUGCUCCUACACGAUCGCCACCGAGGGCGUGCGGGGGACGCCUGGGACUGCAUGCAGCUGACUGCAGGGUACAGGACCCCCUUGGGGUGGGGAGCUGCCCCUGCUGCAGGAGCCGGCUAGGCCCAUCUGCGGAAACCCCUCUGGGCCCAUGAGGACUCGUCUAUGAGGGCAGCCGGUCCAGUGUGCUGCAGUGGCUGGGACCUCAGUCCUGGCCUUGGGGGCAGGGGUGUCCACUCCGGCAGGAACUCCUGCCCAGACCCAGUUCAGUUCCCCCACCACGGCCGGCGCUUCUGCAUGGAACACGGGCCCUCUGCUCAGCCCAGCCACGACCAUCCGGUUUGGAAGCACCCCCGCAGUCACCGAGGACACACUGGCCCAGUUCCGGAAGGGCUGAGUCACCUUCGCCCACCGUUGCCACGCCUCUGCCCAGCAGCUGUGGACGAACACGUGCCGGGUGAAGGCGCCCGCCGCCCCGGGCCCUCCGCGGCACUGGGCUCUGCUGGGACUCCCCCACCCGCCCUCUCACAGCUGCUGUGCUGGCGGGGUGCAGGCUGACCUGCCCCGACACGGCUCGCCCCGCAGGCUCGCAGCCGGGCCGCCAGCCCCGGCUGUCAGCACGCUGUCUGUCGUGUGUUUUUCUAGGACAGGAUGAUCCAUUUCCAGCUUUCAUCACGUUUUCAGAGUAGCCUGUGACCCUAAAAGACCGAGUGGCUAGUGUUAAAUAGGAAAAGCUUCUUUCAGGGUUGGAGUUUUACAGAAGAGCCUUUCUGCAAAGUACAGGGACUUUACAACAGAAAAUAAAAGUUUAUUUUUGUAAUUAA